AUGUCCCCGCCACCGCCGUUCGCGGCGGCGCUAACCCUAAUUCUCCUCCUUCCUGGGCCCGCUCUCUCCUGGAGACCCUGGCCCAACGCCACCCACCCCAAUUCUACCGAUCUCCUCUACGGCGGCUCCAAGAGGUUCGAGGGCUCCUCCGAUCUGGUCCACCUCGACUACCACAUGGGCCCCGUCCUCACCUCCGAAAUCACCGUGCACCCCAUCUGGUACGGCGCCUGGCAGAACAGCCAAAAGCGCAUCAUCCGCGAAUUCAUCGCCUCAAUCUCCCCAUCCGCCGCCUCCAAGCGCCCCUCCGUCGCGAGCUGGUGGGGAACCGUCCGCCUCUACACCGACCAGACCGGCGCCAACAUAUCUCGGUCGGUCCGGCUCGGCCAGGAGAAGAGCGACCGGUUCUACUCCCACGGCCGGUCCCUCACGCGCCUGGACGUGCAGUCGGUAAUCCGCUCGGCGGUCGCCGCCAGGACGCGGCCGCUCCCGAUCAGCCCCGGCGGGAUCUACCUGGUGCUGACGUCGGGCGACGUCUACGUGCGGGACUUCUGCACGGGGGCGUGCGGCUUCCACUACUUCACCUUCCCGUCCAUCGUGGGGUACACGCUGCCGUACGCGUGGGUGGGCAACUCGGCCCGAAUGUGUCCCGGCGUGUGCGCGUACCCGUUCGCGGUGCCGGAGUACAUGACAGGGGUGAAGCCGGUGAGGGCGCCCAACGGCGACGUCGGAGUGGAUGGGAUGAUAACGGUGAUCGCACACGAGCUGGCGGAGCUGUCGACGAACCCUUUAAUCAACGCUUGGUACGCUGGGCAGGACCCGAGUGCGCCGGUGGAGAUCGCGGAUCUGUGCGAGGGGAUAUACGGGUCGGGCGGGGGUGGGUCCUACACGGGACAGCUUUUGAAGGAGAGCGUUCACAUAUGCGAUGUGGAGGCCCUUAGGUUUUGGGUCGCCAAGGGGAUCGCGAGAUCUCCGUGGGGAUCUGGAAAGUUGUAUGCAAAUUUUGGUAAUCAAAAGGUGGCAGCCACAGGUGGCGGCAACGUCCUUGUUAUUAUUGAUGAGGUGAGAGAUCCCGUAGCUGAUCAAGCUGGUAGGAUAAGUCGACUUGGGAGUAUGUCCGUUGGGAGCCAUCACGAUCUCGGCGCCGAUCGAGAAGUACCAGCAUCAUCCUCUUGGGUAAGUAGUCGUGGAGAUCAAUACUUGAAUAUUGUCCAAGGUGGCUUCAUCGUGCAUGAUCGGACGGGGAUCGAGAACAUCGAGAGGGAUCCCAAAGAUAGGAAAGGACAUUUAUUCUUCUGCAAUGAUGUGUUGUUGCGCUUGCGAGAGGAACUCUUGUAUUGUUUUAGGCUUGUUCUGACAAAGCGACCAUCUGAAACAAAGAAUGUGGUCGAAGGCCGACAAAAGCGGAAACAAGGAGGGUCUUUGGGUGACAAGGCUCCAUGUUUUGGACUCGAGUGUUGA